GCAGUAGGGGGUGGGGUGAGGACCUGGAAAGCUGCAGAACCUGCCUUGCUCUGUUUCAUCGCUCUCCUCCCCGAAGCAUGUGACCAUGUGAUCACACAGUCUCUGCAGUCAGUCAGUCAGGUUGAGAAAACUUGUGACCAAAGCAGCAGGAGGAAUCGCUUUUCAGCUCACAGCGAUAUAAAAACUGGACCUCAGCAGCUCCACAGUCCUCUUUUAAGAUCUUCACCCACCGUCAGACAACAUGGACUGCGGAAUUUUCACGUCCAAGUCCGUCCUCCUCUUCCUCAGCUUGGUGUUUUGGGCUGCAGGAGCAGCGUUGGCCUACGUUGGUGCCUAUGUUAUCAAGAGCUAUGACAACUUUGAACAUUUCGUUCAGGACAAAUACACACUGAUCCCAGCGGCAAUCAUCAUCGGCGUCAGCGUGGUGAUGUUCAUUUUUGGUCUGGUGGGAUGCUGCGCCACACUGCGGGAGUCCAAAGUCGGCCUUAGCUUUUUCUUUCUGAUCAUCAUGUUGAUCUUUGCAGCUGAAGUGGCUGCUUUGGUAUUUAGCUUCAUCUACCAAGGCAAGAUAAAGGAGGACCUGGGGCGCUCUAUGAAUGACGUCUUCAUGAAGUAUGAUGGGCAGGACGCCGAGACCAAAGCUGUGGACUACCUGCAGACUCAGUUGCAGUGCUGUGGUAUCAGAAAUUACACCAGCUGGUCCAACACGACCUGGUUUAGCAGCCACAACAACACAGUCCCUCUGACCUGCUGUAAAAACACGACCUCCACACAGUGCACCGGCAGACUGGAUCAACUGGAUCUGCUCAACACAGAGGGUUGCGAGGACAAGCUGGUUAACCUCCUACAGGGUGUGUUGGGUUACGCCAUGCUUGUCAUUCUUGGCUUCGCCAUCAUCAAGUUCUUUGGGAUGCUGAGUGUAUGUGUGAUCACCUGUCAAACCGGCAACCGGAGGAGUGGCUACCAGCCUCUCUAUGCCUGAACCACUUCCUGUAUCCAUCUACCACCUCCUCAUUUGUUUGACUAAGUUUGCUGACCACCUCUCAAGCUUUGUACAAAAGCAUCCAGGCCAAUCAUUGUACAAAUAUUGAAUUAAUUGCAUAUAGAGUGUACACACGUGGUAGACCAUGUCUCAGUAUAAACGGGACCACACCAGAGUUUUCCUGCAUAAAAGAAAUCGGCGUAAAUGUUCCACUGACUUGUUAAAUCGUUUUGCUGAAUGUAGACAUUCCUUUCAUUUUUGAGUUAUGAUAACGUUUCUGUGUGGUCGGGCCACCAAAGCCCAACCAUGGCCUUCCACACAUGUAACAAUAGCACAAAACACAAUUUUUUGAAAGUAAAAUGUUAAUCCCUGUUGGAUUUUGUUCACUAAUAGCCUUUCUCUCUAAAGCAUCUUUUAUUUUCUAAUACUGACUGUGAAUGCAGUACAGCUGCCAUCACAUCAGAGAGAGAAAAGGUCACAGAAAACUGUUUUAAACAUUCAGGAUUCUACUUGUAAAUCUUGCCAAGCCUUCUCACUCCACUGCACCAUGUAGAUAUUCUUUUUAAAAUCAUUAUUCUUUGGAAUAUACUAUAAUGAAGGGCUUUGAGCUAUAUUUUAAACUUUUUGUGAUUGUGAACACAAGGAUAGCAGUUUAAUACCUUAUUUAGGUAUAUAUGCAUAUGAGUCAUGGUCAGUUAACUGUAUGUUCUACUUAGUUUGUCUUUGGUUGUGUUUAUUAUGUUUCUAAAUUAAAAAAGUGAAUAUUUCA